AAGCCUGGUAUCGCAUAAGACAGGCGGCACGCGAGAAGAUAGCCAUUAACCCUCUCAUCAGGAACUCCAGACGUUACCUGUACAGGAUCUAGGGAGAUACUACUUUAUAGUCUCAACAUACGAGGCCCUUCGAACUUCUGCAACACUGCUCCCGAAACAGGUGUUUGCUCGUCCCAUUUGGAACGUAUCCCAUUCCAUAAUCCCCUAGACUUGCUCGAAACAGGCAGCUUAAUGUCUGCCGUCAAGUUUGAAUACCCGACCUACAAGCUGUUCGAGCCUCAGUACCAUCCCCAGAGGCCAAUAAUCGUCGAUACUGACGCGCUCGAGUCCCCCGAGACGGUGAUUCUUAGGUACGAGGAGGAGGCCGCAGCUAGAGCGAACGGAGGAGACCUUCGUGGGGAUUCCCCGCCUGGUCUCCUGUCUAUGUCCACGUAUUCGAAACCACAGCCGCCCCAGAUGCAUGGUAAGUACUUGCUUGGUCGUUGUUUUGGUUAGAACCCAAAAAUCACAGGCCCUGUGCUUUCGGUUCUAGCAAGAAUAGCAUUGAUAGUGAUGGAUUUAAGAAAUCAUGAAGCUAACUCGAUUUCGAGCCGCAGCGUUUGAUUCGUCGAGAUCGUACCAAGAUCCUCACUACCAAUACUCUGCUCAGCAAUUUGCUACCCAGCAACCUGAAAAUGCUGCUGCACAGCUCAACCAGAUGGCCUUCGCGGCAAACGGCUCCGCCGGCCAGUACAUGACGCCAAUCGUAGCCACGCUGAUCUCAUACCAACCGACAGCGGGCAUAUUUGGAACUAAGGUCUUGAUCAAGAUAUCGGCUCCGUACGAUCUGAUCGCGAUCACGAGUCAUUUCUACCUCGCGUUCGGUUCCCACAAGAGUCCGGCACACGCUGUUAGGGAUACAAGUGAUGCGAGCGGCUUUGGUUAUGCAGUCAGCGGAGACGCACCGCAGCUUGAAGACACGAGGAGUCCCAGUCCCAACGUGCCUUUAUCACUCCUGAUCGAGAGCGCAGCCGGGCAGACAUUGGCUACGAUCGACGUCGGCACGUUCACUUAUCAUGACACACCAGCCGGGAGUGCAGAGGGCCCGCCUGAGGAUGUCACGCGGGCGAAAAGGGGGUCUAGAUCACCUGAACAGAGGGAAGUCCCUACCAAACAACAAGAACCAGACCAUAUGGGAACCGACUCUGCUACAAAUACAUACGGCUAUGCUCCCACUGCACCACAGACCGUCGCGUCCAACUAUGACACGAGCUACUCAAACAACGACAACAUGAUCGGGACUUACCAUCGUUCGUCCUACGCAAUCGACUACCCCCGUCCGCCGCCGCUGAAAACUCCUUCGUGGAACUCAUAUGGCCAUUCUCUCUCGGCACGGAGUCCCAUUACGGGCGUCAACCAUACAACAAUCAGUCGGCCGAGCAAUAUAGCGACAUUACCGGCACCAACAACAUCUAGUACCCCGCAGCUAAUCCGAACGAGCACGCUACAGGCGUCCGGGCCGACAGGGGGUGGACAGCUUAACCCGUACGCUCUCUACUCGACUAAGGCGGUGUUGAAGAUAAACGGAGAUCUCGAGUCGAUGGUAUCAGGGUGGACUCAGGACGAAUGGGAAGAUCGAAGGCGGAUCGUCAUGUUCAGCAAGAAGCAGCAAGGCUCGACCCUUUCGACAUCAUUCAAAGCUGUACCAGUCAACGAGCGACCGCAGAAUGGCAUUUUCGUCAGUUGCAUAUACUGGGCGGAGAAAGAAGAGUGCUUUGUGACGAGCGUCGACACAAUCUCCUUGUUGGAGCAGCUCGUGGCUGCACCAAAGAUGUUCACCGUGGAAGAGAAAAAUCGUAUCCGGCGAAACCUGGAAGGGUUCCGUCCCCUAACGGUUAGCAAGGCCAAGCCAGAAACCGAGGAGUUUUUUAAGAUCAUAAUGGGCUACUCGGUCGUAAAACCGCGUAAUAUUGAGAAGGACGUGAAAGUGUUCCCCUGGAAGAUUUUAAGCUCCGCACUUAAGAAGAUCAUCUCUAAAUAUGUGAGUACAAGCUCUCAGCUCUCUGGUAGCCAGCUAGCAGCUACUAUCUUCUUCAACUCCUUCGUGUUGUUAUAUAGGACUCCCGUCGCUAACUCUACCAUCUAGUCUGCAUCGCCUUCAUCUACGGUACCCCCUGGACCGGGGCCGACUUUACUCACGCCUGUUAGUAGCACGAGCCCGGGUCUCUAUGGACCACCGCAUACACCGACGGUAUCCGACGGCGGCUAUUCUCACCACGACUCGC